GCUCUGGUACAGCAACCCAUAUACCCUGCCAGCGCCUCCCACCCUUGUUGACCCUCUUCUGUGUCAUCACUUCGCUCACGGGCCGAGAAACUACAUGCUUCCCUAAAGGCCCCAGAAAUGAGUGCUACCGACCAGCGAUUUGUCUCGGAUGUCCUGAAAUCGGGGACCUCGUCAGACAGACUAUCAGCUCUAGUCCUAUUGGCGCAAUCUAGCCCGAUGCAUAACACAAGGGCUCUGGAGGGUUUGAAAGCGAUGGCGGGAAAAAAGGGGAGAGAUGAGAGUUUGAAGGCGUUGAAGGCUAUUGUGGAUUGGUGGAUAGGUGGUGGCGCGCCGGAUCGAAAAUUAAAGUACUUUGUUGAUCAACCACUUACACACCCAGAGGUGACCGAUGCGCAUCUCACGUAUUGGUACUUCGAGGACUGGUUGAAGAAAUAUUUCUUCUCAAUCUUACAAAUACUUGAGGCUCUUUCAAUGGACCCGCUCCCUUAUGUCCGGACUGAAGCCAUGAUGCUCAUCUAUCAGUUGCUUUACACCAAGCCUGAACAAGAGCAAAACCUUCUAAGGGUCCUUGUGAACAAACUGGGUGACACGGAGAAGCGGGUGGCGUCCAGGGCUUCGCGCCAUGUGGUGACGCUGUUACAGCAUCACCCUGGGAUGAAGCUUGUCAUCAUUCGCGAAGCCACCGAACUUAUCUUUCGCCCCGUCGCACCUCAGUUGCUACAACACCACUCCCGCUACUUUAGCAUCAUCACCCUCAAUCAGAUUGAGCUAUCACACAAAGAUCCUCCUGGAGUGACGGCAAGUCUGAUAGACUUAUAUUUCAAGCUCUUCAAACAGAUCCUCGAUGAGAGUGGAAGGAACCCUCAAACGGUGCCAACAGAGGAUACAACAGAUAAAAAUGAUAGGAAAGGGAGAGGAAGACGUCCCCAGAAGCAUGUCAAGGGGGGGAAAUCCAAGCAUUCCCAACCGGCUGGUAGCUUCGUGGAGGCAGACGAUGCCCAUUCCGGGAUUAUCUCCGAGAUUCUAACUGGCCUUAAUCGGGCCUUCCCUUACGCAAGCAUGAGUCAAGUCACACUCAUCGACGACCACAUUGACACCUUGUUUCGAAUCACAUCCUCUGGGAGCUUCAACGUCAGUAUUCGGGCAUUGACUUUGAUUCAUUUGAUCUUGCGUUUCAAACCGGCGAUUGAAGAUCGUUUUUACGGCUGUCUGUACGAAUCAGUCAUCGACUCGCGCCUCAUUACCACAUCGAAACAGGCAAUGUGGCUCAACCUAGCAUUCAAGGCCAUAAAAGCUGAUAGGAACACGAUACGAGUUGUUGCAUUGGUGAAACGCUUCUUGCAAGCGCUGACAAUGCAUCAGCCCGCUUUCAUUUGCGGUGCCUUAUAUCUACUCUCUCAGCUGAUCGAGCUUAGUAUUGAUUUGCGUAUGAUGAUGCAACAAUCUAGCUUAGAGAGAUUAUCAGGACCAACUGGCAAACGGAAACGUCGGGAAACCCAGCAACCCGAAACCAACACUGCCGUGCAGGCCUACGAUCCAAAAAAAGGAAAUCCUGCGUCGGCUCACGCAGAGACAACCUGUUUAUGGGAAUUAAUUCCGCUUGUGUAUCACUAUCAUCCAUCAGUGUCCUUGCACGCAAAACAGAUAUUAGCAUCCAUCCCCGUCACCACUUCCCCCGACCUGGCUCUGAACACGCUCUCGCACUUCCUCGACCGAUUCGUGUAUAAGAAACCCAAGCCACCUAAGCCUAUGGAAGUCAGAGUCAUGCAGCCUGAGGCAUACGCGUCAUUAGACAUCGACGUGGGUGGGGUCAUAAAGACAAGGGAAGGGAUAGGUGGUGGCAUAUUCAUGCACGGAGCGUCUGGUGGCGGGCCGGUAAACGAGGAAACUUUCCGGAACAAAACGGUGGAGGAAAUCCCAGUCAAUGAGUUAUUCUUUCAUAGGUUCUUCAUGACUAAAGUACACAAGGAGCAGCAGAUAGCCAAAAAGGCCGAAAAGAUAGCAAAAGUAAUCGAGAAGAGGAAACAACGAAGAACGGGCGAAGAGGGCGAGUUCUAUGGAGACGAAAGCGGAGAGCAUUCAGAUGAAGAUGGAGCGUCAGAUGACGAAGUAAAUGAGGAUGAGGUUUGGGAGGCAUUGAAGAAAACUAUGCCAGGCGGACAGGAUAUUGAUCCCCUGGAAGAGGAUUCCGACGAUACGCCCAACGGGACUGUUGAUUCUGAAGACCCAGAUGAAGAACUGUCGGAAGCCCAGAAUAGCAAUGGUGACAUCGACACGGACGAUGCGGAUUCGGACGCCGCUGGCAGCCUUGAUGGCGCCGGGGCUGAAGACGGAUCCGAAGGCAGUCUCAUUGAAUCGGACGUGGAUCUUGUCGAUCUUUCAGAUGUUGAGUUGCCGGACCGAGGCAAUGAAGACGACCCGAAGGCUUCUCCGUCAGCUUUCGAACCGGAAGACUCAGAAGCCGUUUCAGGACUCCGUAAGCCCCAUGCAAGUGAUAAAAGUAAAGGAGGCAGGAAGAAACGUAAAUUGGCACUGCCUACAUUUGCGUCGUACGAAGAUUAUGCUAAGCUUAUCGAGGAGGGACCAGAGGAUGACAUCUAGAGGGAUAAAUGCCGAGUACCACAUUUUCAUACGAAAUUAAUCAUGCACACAGGAUCGGUUGCUGUCUCACCUUCGACUGCGCGUAAUCGGUAUUUAUGUCCUUCAGUCCCACCGACAAGUAAAUUCCUUUGUAUCGCAAGCAUACAGCAAGGGGAAAUGUUAUCCCAAGGUAACCAUGUGAUAAUUUGAGCGCCGCUGGACCACCCCACGAUGGACGAUGGGUAGAACGUGCAAACGCGCGGCCACUCUUAUAUGUCACAUUAUUGUUUUAUCUGUUGGACUGGGGCCCCACAGCAGAACCGCGAGCGAAACGCCCAUCCAGAAC